GAUCUUGUGGACCCACUUACACCUGACAAAUAACGUUAAAGUAGCCAAUACUAGCGAAAAAGUAGCAAGUAAUUGUGGGGCCUGUUAAAAAACUCGAGCAUAGCACCAAUUUUGAACCAGUUAACACCAAACCCUCGAUCAACAAUAAUUUCCUGGCCUUAAGUGGCAAAAAAAUUGAAAAAAACACGUAAUCAACCUCUGGUUAAAUUUAACGUUCACAUUAAACUCAAUGAGCGCCUUUAAAGCAUCGCCAAUUUCCAUGCAAACAAAUCAGUUAACAGCAAUCCCUCAAUGAGCAAUAACUUAACUGACUUUGAAAUCAGCAGAGUAACAAAUAAUUUUAAGGCACAAUUAAGCAACAGUAGGCCACAAGGCAAAACCUAAUUGGACUUAAAGUAGAAUUCGCGUAAUCAGUGGGGAAACACUUCCUCAGGUAGCUAAACAAAUAAACAAACUGGUAAAUAGGGAAUAUUAAGACUAAAUAUUUAAGCAUUUGGCACUUUGACCUUGCUUGUCAGGUGCCUUUGGGCCUUACUACCUUACAAAAACUCCCAAACCCCCCUCAAGAAUGAAGAAUACUGCAGAAUAAAGAGAGAUUUCCAACAAAAACAAAAAAUAAAAGCUGAAUGAAAACUUUUACUGGGGCAUCAUUAGGUCUAGGCCUAUGGGUAUUUUUCCCAGCCACUUACCCGAAAAGUUGUUGGCCCAACUAGCCAGGUAAUGGCCUGGUAAUCACUAAUCACUGGUAAUCGCCGCAUUAUAAAAGCCAUUCCUUGGAAGGGACCAACAAGUAAUCCGCAUCAUGGUGGCGAAUCAGGAGGGAUUGGACACGCAUAGUGCUGUAUCGUACCACUGGCGUGUUUGGGAGCUCACUGGCCUGAUGCGUCCGCCGGGGAUUGGCCACUUGGCCUACCGGGUGUACUCCGUGGUGCUCAAUUCGGUGGUCACCGUGUUGUUUCCCCUGAGCCUCCUGGCCCGGCUCCUGUUCACCACCAACAUGGCCGGAAUGUGCGAGAAUCUGACCAUAACCAUUACGGAUAUUGUGGCCAAUUUGAAGUUUGUGAAUGUCUACCUGGUGCGCUCGCAGCUCCACGAGAUUCGGGCGCUUCUGAGGCGAAUGGAUGGGCGGACCAGGAGCGUGGGCCAUCCCGCGGAGCUGUCCGCCCUGAGGCGCGAGGUGGACAUUGCCCAGGGCAGCUUCCGCACCUUUGCCCGGAUCUUCGUCUUCGGCACCACCUUGAGCUGCGUCCGGGUGGUCAUUCGUCCGGACCGCGAACUCCUCUACCCGGCCUGGUUCGGCCUGGACUGGCAGCACUCCACGCGGAACUAUGUGCUCAUCAACCUGUACCAGCUGUUCGGCCUGAUCGUGCAGGCCGUCCAGAACUGCGCCAGUGACUCCUAUCCGCCGGCGUACCUCUGCCUGCUCACGGGUCACAUGCGUGCUCUGGAGCUGAGGGUGCGUCGCAUUGGCUACAGAAUGGAGGAGGAUGGCAGUUCCGGGGGGGAUCUGGACUACGAUGCCUGGCGGGAGGAGGUGUACGAGGAGCUGGUCGAGUGCAUCCGGGAUCUGAUGCGCGUCCAUCGGCUGCGAGAGAUCAUCCAGCGCAUCCUGUCCGUGGCCUGCAUGGCCCAGUUCGCCUGCUCCGUCGCCGUCCAGUGCACCGUGGCCAUGCACUUCCUGUACAUGGCGGACGACCACGACCUCACCGCCAUGAUCAUCUCGAUCGUGUUCUUCACGGCCGUCACCUUGGAGGUGUUCGUCAUCUGCUUCUUCGGCGACCGGAUGCGUACGCAGAGCGAGGCGUUGUGCGACGCCUUCUACGCCUGCAACUGGGUGGAGCAGCUGCCCAAGUUCAAGCGGGCCCUGCUCUUCACGCUGGCCAGGACCCAGCGGCCAUCGCUCAUCUUCGCCGGCAACUACAUCGCCCUCUCGCUGGAGACCUUCGAACAGGUCAUGCGGUUCACCUACUCCGCCUUCACACUUUUGCUGAGGGCCAAGUAAGUUGCAAUUGCAAUGGAGCCAAGGUGUUGUCAAUACUUUUGGGAACAGGAAAAUCCAUAUUUUGUCAUGUGUUCGUAGAAUGAAUUCAUAGUGAAGAGUCGAAAUUCAAGAAUUUUAGGUUUUUGUAGUAUAAAAGAAUUAAUUUUGACCUAUAAUAUCACUAACAAAAAUACCUUUAAUAUCACUAACUGUUCACAAUUUAAUAUUAAAAAGAGGAAUGUAGUUAAAAAAGUAAA